AGCCCUAAUCUUUUCUAAGAGAGGAGAGACUCUGUUUUGUAUCAAUCAUCGAUCAAUCCCAACUCUAAAAGAUGCCUAACACUCAGACGACUAAGUCGUUGUGUUUGGACGGUCUUAGUGAUCGCGAAAUACUUGAGUAUAGAUUGGAAUGGGAACGUUACACCGAAAUCAAGAUGAAAAGUGAUGGAAAUUGUCAGUUCCGUGCUUUAGCUGAUCAACUUUAUCAAACCUCGGAUUCUCAUAAACGUGUUAGACAAGAAAUCGUAAAACAGCUUAAAUCUCAUCCAAAGAUUUACAAAGGGUUUGUGAAUAAUAUGGACUUCUCCCAGUAUGUAAAGAAUAUGUCCACUAACUCCGAAUGGGGCGAUGAAGUCACAUUGAGAGUCGCUGCUGAUGUGUAUGGAGUAAAAAUAGUACUCAUUACAUCAAUCAAACUUACUCCAUUCAUGGAGUUUUUGCCCAAGUCUCAAAAAGAACCCGACAGAGUCAUUCAUUUGAGCUAUCUCGCAGGGAUCCAUUUCAACUCCAUCCACAAAAAAGGAGGUUCAGGUUUAUCUUCAUCUUUAGGUUCUGCUUCGAUGAAGCUACAGAGGAAGAAGGAGAAGGAGGAGAAGAAAAGGGAGGAGGAGGAGAAGGAGGAGAAGAAAAAAGAGAAGGAGGAUAAGAAGAAGGCGAAGGUGAAGAAGGAGAAGAAUGAGAAGAAGAACAGAAAUCACCAUUUUCACUUUUCUGAUGUCAUAUUUGAAAUGGCAAGGAUGUACCGGAAGUUGGCACUCUGCGGUGGUGAAGGAGGAAAGGAAUGGGACGACGAUGUAUAUGAGGGUGUAAAAAAAGUGUAUGUAGGGCAAGAUCUCAACCGUAUCACUUACAUCAAAUUUGAGUACGUGAAGGAAGACGGCGAUGUAGUAACAACUGAAUAUGGGACAAUAAAUCAACACCCUAAAGAGUUUGUACUUCAAUAUCCGGACGAGCACAUUAUAGCAGUGGAGGGAAGCUACCACCCAGUGGCUCUCAUUGCCACGGAGGUAAUUACGUCCCUCGUCUUCAAGACCUCAAAGGGUAGAUGCUCUCCAACGUUUGGUCCAAACUUAUUCGGAAUUACGAGCGGUACAAAGUUUGUUUUUGAGAAUGAGGGAAAGAAGAUCGUAGGGUUUCAUGGACGGGCAGGUGAUGCUCUCGACGCUCUUGGAGUUUACUUUGUAUUGGAUACCACGCCGUUCCCUCUUUACAAGCUGGAUGCCCAAGGUGGCACAGACGGGCGUGUUUGGGAUGAUGGUUCUUAUGACGGCGUUAAAACGCUGCGCAUUGGUAAAGAUAAUUCUCGUAUCACUUAUUUAGAGUUCGAGUACGAGAAAGGUGGGGAAUCAAAGACAUGUAACCAUGGGGUCAAAGGAGAUACACCAUCCGAGUUUGUGCUUGGUUACCCAGACGAAUACAUCAAAUCGGUGGAAGCAACCUAUCAGAAGCCAAACAUUUUUAGCAAUACCGUCAUUACGUCACUUAAGUUCGAAACAUCAAAGGGGAGAACAUCAUUCUUUGGGUAUAAUGUGGGUAAGAAGUUUGUGUUGGAGCAAAAGGGUCAUAGGCUUGUCGGGUUCCAUGGAAAGGAAGAUGCAGCUAUUGAUGCUCUUGGAGCAUAUUUUGGACCUGUUCCUACUCCUACUCCCUUGAUUCCAUCCAAGAAACUACCAGCGAUAGGCGGCAACGAAGGAGUUACAUGGGAUGAUGGUGUCUACGACGGUGUAAGGAAGAUACUUGUAGGACAAGGUAACGAUGGUGUAUCCUUUGUCAAGUUUGAGUACAGUAAGGGCAAAGAACUUGUAUCUGGAGAUGACCAUGGGAAGAAGACACUACUCGGAGCUGAAGAGUUUGUGCUUGAAGAUGGUGAAUAUCUCAUAACCAUAGAUGGCUACUAUGAUAAGAUCUUCGGAGUCGAGGAACCAAUAAUUGUCUGUCUUCAGUUUAAGACCAACAAAAGGGAGUCAAUGCCGUUUGGAAUGGAUUCUGGUAAGAAGUUCUCGCUUGGAGAGGAAGGCCACAAGAUUGUUGGAUUCCAUGGACAAGCUAGCGAUGUUGUUCACAGCAUCGGAGUCACUAUUGUGCCCAUCACCACCACCGAGUGAAAACUUUCUAUCUUAUUAAUAAAACCAGUCAGUCAUA